AUGAUCAUCACCAGAUCCACUCUCUCUCUCUCUCUCUCUCUCUCUCUCUCUCUCUCUCUCUCUCUCUCUCUCUCUCUCUCUUCUCUCUCUCUCUCUCUCUCUCUCUCUCUCUCUCUCUCUCUCUUUUGUUUUUACUUUUUCAUGGCUGAAGCGGUUCAACAAAAGUUGGAAGACCAGGUCGAGGAGCUGCACGACCUGCGGCAGCGCGGCCUGUUCAGCAAGUCGGAAAUUGCUGAGAUCGUGAAGCGUCGACGUGCCUUUGAGUAUGCGCUGCGCCGCCGUACCUCCCGCAAGGUCGACUACCUCAAGUACAUCGAGUAUGAGCGUAAUGUUGACGCCUUGCGCGUGCGCCGCAAGUCAACUCGCCAACGCCGAGACCUCAACGGCGUCGCCGAUCACACCAUCAUCCGCCGUGUCAUGAACCUGUACCGCAAAGCCCUCGAAAAGUUCAAGGGUGACCUCGAGCUCUGGCUCAGCUACUUUGACUACUGCGAGGAACAGCGCUCGUACAAACAGCUGAAUCGCGUCAUGGCCAACUGCCUCCAAUUUCACAGCAACGUUCCUGCCAUUUGGAUCCGGGCCGCCAAGCUCGAAUUUGAAGUCAACAAGAACAUCGGUGCCGCACGCGUCUUCCUCCAGCGCGGUCUGCGCAUUAAUCGUGAGAGCCCCGAGCUCUGGGUCGAGUAUCUACGUCUCGAGCUCUUGCAUUGGGAAAUGAUGAGCCGUCGUGCAGCCAUCCUCGGUGUUGCAAAGGAUGAAGAUAAUCUAAACGGACAGGUGGUUGAGGGCCAGCAUCUCGCGCGUGACGCCGAAUUGCUCGAUGUGCCUGAUCUCAACCAAGAAGAGGAGGUUGAAGAAGUGCAAUUGGUUCACGAUGAUGAGCGUGCCGAAGCCCUUGACAUGCUCAGAGCCGUCACAACCGAUGCUGAUUCGCAUUCAUCCAUGACCGUGACAGAUGCGGCUACUCCUGGCUCGAUGCAACACGAAAUCACCGAGAGAGCCAAGGCCUAUGGUGGUGACAGCUUUCUUUCAGGCCUCGUGCCCCGUCUGGUGUGCCUCAGCGCCCUUCGCGCGCAAAACUAUGGACCUGACUUGGCGCAAGACCUGCUCAACGUCUUUGUCCUCUUCCGUGACACUGCACAAUCUCGCAACAUGGUGUACAACCUUCUCAGCGAGCGACUGAAGGCAGGCCACACCACCGAUGUUGUUGGUACUCUCUCCGUCCUGGCCAAUCGUAGCCUGACCGAGAGCCGAGCCCCCGAUAUCGCCGCUCCUACGCACCAGGAGCAGGCUGCAUUGCACGGCAAGGCAUUGACCUAUCUGACACAGCACCGUGAUCAAGUUCCCGAGCACAGCCCGCAAGCCUUGCUGGCUGCUAUCCGCUUCCUGCGUCACCAGCUCGAAACUCAAGCCAAGGAACAUCGGGAAACGCUGAUGGCGCACGUGACAACAACCACGGCCGCGCUGCGUGCGACCUUGGCGGCUACUGACGCAGAAGGCACGCCAAGCAAGAAGAAGCGGCGUGCCACCACCGCCCCAGCCUGGCCCUUGGAGCAAGCGUGCAAUUUGGUGCAAGGCGCUUGCGCACUAGCAGAGACCUUGGUGUUUUUGGAGCAAGCCAGUCAAGCAUACACUUUAGCUCAGGAUGCCCUUUCUUUUGCCCAUUCUCUGCCUACUACCAAGCGUGCUAAGACCGAACUCAGCACGGAUUGGUCCGACAGUCUCGAUAAGUUGGUCCUCCUAAGCCUGCAACUCCAGGUCCUGGUGGCACCUACCGUGCCGGAUGUCAGCGCCUUUGACCGAGCGCGGGCGCUCGCAAGCCGUGAGGUGCAAGCACAAAUCUGGGACCUCGAGCUAUCCCAGCGCUUGGCUGACCAGGAUGAUGCUGCCGUCGCCUCUGUUUAUCGGUAUGUGUGUGUUGCCCUCAACUUGAUUCUUCUGCUAUGUGGCUGUGGUACACUGACACCAUUUUGGCUCGACUCGACGGUGUCGUAA